UGCUCCUUCAAUAUAUGAUGAGAUGGAACAAUGGAAGAAGCAUUCAAUUUACAAAAUACCCUCAGUAGUAACCAAUCUAAACAAAAAAGCCUACAAACCACAAGCAGUUUCAUUUGGUCCUUAUCAUUAUGGAGAGGAACAUUUAAUGGCUAUGGAAGUACAUAAGCAUAGGGCACUUGUUCAUUUCUUAAAGAGAUGUGAAAAGCCCAUCGAGUUGGUAUUCCAAGAGAUGGAACAAGUGGUCCAAGAGUUGAGAGACUCAUACAAGCCACUUGAUCCAAUUUGGAUAUUGGACACACCAAAGUUUAUUCAAAUGAUGAUUCUUGAUGGUUGUUUUACUUUGGAGAUUUUGAGAGCUAAUGAUCGUGUUGCAGAUUAUGCAGAGAAUGAUCCAAUCUUUAGUGAACAUGGGAAGUUUUAUAUUUUACCAUAUAUCAAGCGGGACAUGCUUAUGCUAGAGAAUCAAAUUUCUAUGACUGUUCUACUUACCUUGAUUCAACACGAAACUAGACUGGAGCAGGAAUAUGAUCAUGAGUUAUUAAACCAGAAAAUCGUGAAAUUAUUAAAUCCUAGGACACAUUUAAUUCAAAGCUUAGGAAAAUGCUUGCAUAUAUUGGAUGUGUAUAGAAAAAGCCUAAUUCAAGAAGAACCAAGUCAUCCAACAACACACGUGCCUGAAGACAUAGAUGCAGGAGAAGAGAUUAUUCGAUCAGCGGUAGAGCUUCACGAAGCAGGAAUCCACUUCAAGAAAAGUAAAACAUUGAGUCUGAAAGACAUAUCAUUCGAUCGAGGUGUUCUUAGACUUCCGACUUUGGUUGUAGAUGACACCACUGAAUACAUGCUUCUUAAUAUCAUCGCCUUCGAGCGUCUUCAUGUUGGUGCAGGUAACGAGAUAACAUCGUUCACAUAUUUUAUGGAUACUAUGGUUGACAAUGCCAUGGAUGUUGCAAUUCUUAACCGGAAAGGGAUCAUUAUCAAUGGUCUUGGAAGUGAUAAAGUUGUUUCCAAAUUGUUUAACUCGUUGUCGAGGGAUAUAGCAGUGGAUCGACAUGGAGUGCUUGAUGUGGUGAGGACGAAUAUGAGUAAAUAUUGCAGGAAACCAUGGAAUAGAUGGCAUUCAAAUCUUAUUCAUACUUAUUUUAGAAAUCCUUGGGCUAUUGUUUCUCUUAUUGCCGGCAUUCUUCUUUUUGUAUUGACUACAGUUCAAACAAUAUACUCUGUCAAACAAUCUUAUCAAAGCCCAGACCAAAGUAACUCAACUAUUUCACACAAUACUCCAAGGCCUCGCCGUCUUCCAUAAUUAUUAAUCACCCU